UGUGCCGCGGCGCGAACACGGGUAGCAAGAAGGACCAAAAAUCCGGCUAGUAUCAGUUGUUGUCCCUGGAAAGACUGUUUCCCCCCCAUCAGUAGAGACACCUCGCUUGUUUCAAAGUGCGUCUGCUCUUCAAGGAGAAUAUCUGUGACACAUUACAAUGCUUCAAAUAAGGGACCUCAUCUGGGGAUUGUUAUUCAUCGGCUGUGCAGCUGCCAUUCAGGUGGAAAUUACUCCACCACAAGGGGAGAUCAGCGUAGGAGAGUCCAAAUUUUUCCUCUGCAACGUGGUAGGAGAUGCUAAAGACAUCGACUGGUACGCCCCCAAUGGCGACAAGAUCCUUCCCAACAGGCCAGACAUUUUUGUGAGCCGCACUGAUGAGGCCACGUCGACUCUCACCAUAUACCACGCCAACGUGGACAGCGCCGGCAUCUACAAGUGCGUGGCAAAGGACGGGGAGAAGGAAGCCCAGGCCACUGUCCAAGUAAAGAUCUUCCAAAAGAUCACGUUCAAGAAUGCUCCCAGCCUGCAGGAGUUCACCGAGGGUGACGAUGCUGACAUAGUCUGCGAUGUUGUCAGUUCGCCACCGCCCACCAUUAUUUGGAAGCAGAAAGGCUUGAAGAUCCAAGCUGCCAAAGACGUUCGAUUCAAGAUCAUGGAUAAUGGCCACCUGCAGAUCCGCGGCAUUAAGAAGACAGAUGAGGGCAUAUAUACUUGUGAGGCUCGUGUCAUGGCCAGGGGAGAGAUCGACUUCAGGACGAUGAAGGUCAUUGUGAACGUGCUUCCCACCAUUCGUGCCAGGCAGCCAGAAGUCAACUCUACAGCAGACAUUGGUAGUUCUGCUUUACUGGCUUGUGAUGCGGAUGGUUUCCCGGAGCCCACCGUUACCUGGGCAUAUAACAAUGUUGUCCUUGAAACGGGUGAUAAGUACAGCCUCAAUGAGGAUGGUUCAGAAUUGGUAAUCAAACAUGUCACCAAAGUGGACGAAGGAGAUUACACUUGCAUCGCCAAGAACAAGGCAGGAGAGAAAACUGAGGAAGUCAGCCUGAAUGUGUUUGUACAACCCAGCAUUACCUACCUGAGUAACCAAACUGCUUCGGAGUUUGAUGAACAAGUCACCCUGACAUGUGAGGCUUCAGGUGACCCCACACCCACCAUAUCCUGGAGUUUUGGGAACAAGGUUUUCACAGAAGGAGAACAGAGCCUUGAUAGAAAUGUGGUGGUACGCAGUCAUGCACGGGUGUCCUCCCUCACCUUGAAAAAUGUCCAGUUCACGUAUGCCGGACAGUACCUCUGCACUGCCAGCAACUCCAUCGGCCAGGACACCCAGCACAUGUACCUGGAAGUCCGCUAUACUCCAAAGAUCCUGGGUGUGGUGACAGUAUACACAUGGGAGGGAAACCCGGCCAACAUCAGUUGUGAGGUGGAGGCUCAUCCCGGAGCCUCAGUGGUUUGGUUUAGAGACGGCCUCCAGCUGCCCGCUGCCAACACCACUAAUAUGAAGAUCUAUAACACACCAUCCGUCAGCUACCUUGAGAUUACCCCUGAUUCUCAAAAUGACUUUGGCAGUUACAACUGUACAGCCACCAACGUGAUGGGCACUGAAUCCAAGGAGUUCCUUCUUAUCCAAGCAGAGGUGCCCUCAUCACCAGUAAUUCAAGAAGUGGAACCUUUCUCAAGCACAACAGUGGUAAAAUUUGAGGAGCCUGAUUCAAUGGGUGGCGUGCCCAUUAUUAAGUACAGAGUGGAAUGGCGUAUGCCUGGCAAGGAAUGGACUGGCAGGGAGUAUAAUGCUGAAGGCGACAUGACAAAGAUCACCAUCACCGAUUUAAAACCAGAAACCACGUACGAGGUCAGGAUGUCUGCUAUCAACGGCAAAGGUGAAGGCGAGAGCAGCCAGGCCAGAACUUUUAAGACUGAGCCAGUCCGGGAACCCACUGCUCCCAAACUGCAGGUCAAAGAGCACAACCCGGGCAAUUCUCUUAAGGUCAACUGGAUCAAGCAAGAUGAUGGUGGUUCCCCGAUUAGGCAUUACCUGGUCAGAUACAAGGCUAAGCAUGUAUCUGACUGGAAACCAGAGCUCCGCCUUCCCUUUGACAGUGACUACAUCGUGCUGAGUGGCCUGGAAUGGAAUACAGAGUACGAGGUUCACGUGGUGGCAGAGAAUCAGCAGGGCAAAUCUAAGCCUGGCAUCCUCACCUUCAAAACGGAUACAGAGCCCACAACCGUCCCAGCUACCCUUGGUUGCCAGUGUGUGACGUGCAGUCUGGCAGCUCUUCUUCUGUCCAUGCUGACAGUGCUCUGGCUCCCAUAAACUGAUUUCAUUCAAGGAGAAAGAGGAUAGUCUGAGCCUUUCAAAUCUUUGGGCCCAGACCUUUGCUUUCUAUGCCUUUUGACCCUUGUGCAGCCACACACAGGAAAAAAAAAAGUUCAAGCGUCAAGACAUUGGUUUCAUGAUGUUAUUACAGGGUGCUCAGUACUUGCAUCAAUCUCAAAUUUUUGGUUUUUAGAUUCUGUUAAUAUUUUUUUCAUCUGUUAUGUCCUCUUGUGUGUGAAUAGAUUGGGAAGGAGAGAUUUUUUUUUAGGGUUUUGUCAAUGUUGCAAGUUGGACGUUGGGUGCUCUUUCAGGAUACAAUGUAGACAAAGUAUUGUAGCUUUGUUUUUGAUUUGAUUAGUAACACAUUCAUAAUGCCUUAAUGUGAUCUGAAGAGGGGUUAUAAAUAGAAUAAUUACACUGUUUAAUUUUGUGUCUGCAGUGGUUUCCUCAGACACGGAAAUUGUAAAGAGACUUUUAUUUUGGACUUUACUGCCUAUUAAACAAACACAUCCAUUCCACUGUUAUGUCACAAAUGACAUACAAGCAUGAACACUGCAUGAAAGCUGACACAAGGCAUGAUCCAGUAUUCAUGAAUGUGCUAUGCAGCUGCUUCAAAGCUCCCCAGUCAAGCAUUAUGAAUGUGUUAACCAGGAGACGAGUACAAAUGCUGUGCCUAAUUUCUGUUUUUUUUUUUUUGUUUGUUUUUGUUUUUUUUCUGUUUGUUUGUUUGUUGUUUUGUUUUGGAUACAAGCUUGAAAUGUCCUGCUGUACAAACUGAGGGAAGAUAAUGAGAAAUUUAAUAUUGGUUAUGGUCAGAGAAUCCUUUUUUCCGGACUCGUUCUUAAUUUUCAACAUUAUAUUAUGCUCAUUUUCAAAUACGUUGUUAUGUGACAGCCUUGUCAGGAGAGGGCAGAAGGUUGUGUAGAAAAACUAAUCAUGUUUUGUGAAGAAGUGUACAUACUCUUUUCAAAUUGAUAUUCAAGAAAUCAGCUGUUAUUUUGAGGAUUCAUGUUCUCUUUUUACCUGAAAGCAAUGAAAUGUCAAAAAAAAAAUAAUAAUAAUAAAUAAAUCCCAUAAAGGAACAGCUGUUACACACUAAAAAGUUUUGUUUUAAAAAAAAUGUGAAAUUAUUUUAUUCUCUGAGACAUUUUUGUAAGUGCUUAUCAGUGUAUUUCCAUGUAACCAUUGUAGGGUUGAAAUAAAUUGUGUUUCUUUUUCUUUCAUGAAAGUAAUGGCUUUCUGAGGUUUUAGCGACUAAACAUACUAAGAUAUCUGACUUUGUCUGACUCUUCUGGGAAGCUGAUUGUUAAGCUGAUUCUAGCCCAUUUUUUUUUUUUCCCCUCUGGAGCUUUAACAAAAUGUCUGUAUUCUGCAUUCAGUGUUGCAUUACACUGAACAUGACUGUUGAACCCAGAUGUUUUGAGAUCAGGGGCUUGGCUGUAGCCUAAGUGAAGAAGAUAAAGUAUCCAUUUUGCACAAAAAAGGGAACAAAUGGUAAACUGUAUAUUGUAUAGAGGCCUUGCAGCAGCGUGAUACAGCACAAAAACAUGUAUAUUGAUAUGCAACUGUUAGCUAAACAUUAGAAUGAAGCCAAUAUGCAACCUCAAAGGUUUUUAUGGCUGUUGCUAGCUGCCAUGAUCAAAGCAACAAAUUAAUGUAUCCACUGUUUACUCAACAAACAAUACACAAUACCAAAAUUUGAUUUGACGCUACAAGUCCUUCUUCUUAAAUGACAGAAAGCAUUGUUUGUAAAGUCGAGACCAUCUUUGAUUUUUCUGACCUGACAGCCAGUCGACCCAGUUCAUCAAUGCCUUUCAAAGCCAUUAAAUCCACUGUGAGCUGGUACCACCAUGGCGAUGGUUUGGUAAGGGUGGAUGUUUGUAUUCUGUAGCAACCAGCUCCUGUAAUUUUUUGUAAAAAAUACUUUGCCUGAAAUAUGGUAUAGCAUAAUAUCAUGUCACAUGACUAGCUAGCUUACUGCUAGCUUCUUUUUUCACCCUGUCUUGUAAAUUAUUUAUUUAUUUUUUAUGGAUUCUUGUUUGAUUGCAACUCCAGGGAGAACAGCCACACUGGUAACUGAAGGUGAAAGAAUUUGAAUUUUGAACUCUCAGUAACGCCUCAGUGCUUAUUAGCCUUUGUUAACUAAAGGAGCAUUUGGCCAAGAAAUUGCUAAUUACAUCAGACUUAAUAAGUGAAUGAUCUUAGAACUAUUUAAAUGCUGUUCUUUAGCAGCUUUUUUAAAUAAAUUAAAAAAAAAAAAAAAGGCUGUCAGAGUUCAGGUUAUUCAAAGCCCUCUAUAUAGUUUCCAUUUGUUCUAACAUUUGUUCCACACUCUGCUGUGAAACAGAGUCGUGAGAGAUGACGGAAUGCAAUGCAUAACAUGAGAGAUCAGACUCACCUGCAGCCAUGACCAACAGCAUUUUAGUGUGAGAGAAUUAAUAAAGCAUUGAUACAUUUUCAGUAAUCACA